AUGGGCGCUCCAAUCAUUGAAAGUUUGAGAAAGCACACAGAGGCAUAUUUGGAUUGUCACCUGAUGGUUACAAAUCCUCUUGAUUAUGUUGAACCUUUGGGAAAAGCUGGUGCUUCUGGCUUUACAUUUCAUAUAGAGACAUCAAAAGACAACUGGAAAGAACUUAUCCGAAGUAUUAAGUCACAAGGCAUGAAGCCUGGUGUAGCCAUAAAGCCUGGGACGUUGGUUGAAGAGGUUUUUCCUCUGUUCUUUUCACAGGUUGAAUCUGAAAAUCCUGUGGAAAUGGUUCUUGUCAUGACUGUAGAGCCUGGAUUUGGAGGACAAAAAUUCAUGCCAGAGAUGAUGGAAAAGGUUCAAAUACUGAGGAAGAAGUACCCAUUACUUGACAUAGAGGUUGAUGGUGGAUUAGGGCCUUCAACCAUAGACACAGCUGCAUCAGCAGGAGCGAAUUGCAUUGUUGCUGGAAGUUCAGUGUUUGGAGCCCCUGAGCCAGCUCAAGUUAUAUCCUUACUGAGGAAUUCUCUAGAGAAAGCACAGCAAACAAAGUAA